AUGAAGUUUGGUGUAGAGGUGGGGUGGAGAUGUGGGGGUGGUAGAGUGGUUGAGAGGGUGAGGUGGUGGAGAGGUUGGUGUAGUGGUGGUGAGAGGUGGGGGGGGAGAGUGGGGGUUAAGGUUGUGGUGUUAGUGUUUUGUGGUAGAGUUUGUGUGAGAGUUGGGGUGAAUAGUGGGGGGUUUGAGGGUGUUGAGUUGGGGUAG